CGCGCCUGCCAGAGAGACGCCAGCCACCGGCGGCGCUAGCACCUCGGAGGAGGGCGGCGGAGCGAGCGGAGCGCGGCGCUGAGACCGGCCUGGGGGUGGGGAGACGAGCCCCGGCCGAGGCGAGGGCCACCCCCUGGUCCUCUGCCCUCGCGCCCUGCCAGGGCCAGGUACAAAAAAGCUUUAAACAAGUAAAAUCUAGGCAACAGGCUCCCUGAAGUGUUGACAGCCCAGCUUAAUCAUGAACGCGAUUCAAAAAUGUUAAUAAACAAACCAAGUUUUCUCCUUUCUUUCUCUUUCUUUGAGGGGUGGUGUAGACCAUGGGGAAUUCAUAUGCUGGGCAACUGAAAUCUGCUCGAUUUGAGGAAGCCCUCCACAACUCCAUAGAAGCCUCUCUCAGAUGUAGUAGUGUGGUCCCACGGCCAAUUUUUUCCCAGCUGUACUUGGACCCUGACCACCAUCCUUUCUCAUCUGCAGAUGUAAAACCCAAGGUGGAGGAUCUGGAUAAAGAUUUGGUACACCGCUACACUCAAAAUGGAAGCCUGGAUUUUUCUAACAAUCUAACAGUUAAUGAAAUGGAAGAUGACGAAGAUGAUGAAGAAAUGUCUGAUUCAAAUAGCCCACCAAUCCCCUAUUCACAAAAACCUGCCCCAGAAGGAUCUUGCACUACAGAUGGUUUUUGUCAAGCAGGAAAGGAUUUGCGUUUGGUAUCUCUGUGUAUGGAACAAAUUGAUAUCCCAUCGGGAUUCCUCCUGGUGGGGGCCAAGUCUCCUAAUCUUCCUGAACACAUCCUAGUGUGUGCUGUAGACAAGCGAUUUCUACCAGAUGAUCAUGGGAAAAAUGCACUUUUAGGGUUUUCUGGAAACUGUAUCGGCUGUGGAGAAAGAGGAUUUCGGUAUUUCACAGAAUUUUCCAACCACAUUAACUUGAAGCUCACCACCCAGCCAAAGAAGCAGAAGCACUUAAAGUACUACCUAGUCAGAAGCUCCCAGGGUGUACUGUCGAAGGGACCUCUUAUCUGCUGGAAAGAAUGUAGAAGCCGACAAUCCUCUACCACUUGCCACUCUAUUAAACCAAACUCUUCAGUGUCCUCAACCGUGACCCCAGAAAAUGGCACAACUAAUGGAUACAAAUCAGGAUUCGUUCAGACAGAUUCGCCGAUUCUCAAUCCAGCUAAUUCUGCAAUCAAUUUAAGUGGAGCUCAGGACCUGACCCGGAAUAAGAAUGUUGUGAAGCCACUGGCUUUGUCUUUGCAGGUUGUAGGGAAGACUUUUGCUGCAGAUGCUGCUAAUGGGAACAGUAGCCAUGGAGGAAAGAGCGGUACCUCUGGCUCCACUCCAGCCCGCCCAGGGAAUUACUCUUUGUCACCAAGACCGAGCUUUGCCUCAGGAGACCAAGCUACCAUGUUCACUUCUGGACCGCCAAAGAAACGACACCGAGGAUGGUAUCCUGGGUCCCCUGUCCCCCAACCUGGUUUAGUUGUACCUAUUCCUACAGUUCGUCCUCUUUCAAGAACUGAGUCCCUUUUAUCUGCCCCAGUUCCACAGACCCCAUUAACUGGAAUUUUACAACCUCGACCCAUUCCUGCAGGGGAAACUGUAAUUGUUCCUGAAAACCUGCUGAGUAACUCAGGAGUUAGACCAGUAAUCCUGAUAGGCUAUGGCACUUUACCCUAUUUCUAUGGAAAUGUUGGUGACAUUGUUGUGAGUCCUCUGCUGGUGAACUGCUACAAGAUUCCACAGUUGGAAAACAAAGAUUUGGAACAAUUAGGUUUGACUGGCAGCCAACUCCUGAGUGUGGAAAACAUGAUCCUUCUGACAAUACAGUAUCUUGUGCGGCUGGGUCCUGAUCAGAUACCUCUCAGGGAAGAAUUUGAGCAAAUUAUGCUGAAAGCUAUGCAGGAAUUUACUCUGAGAGAAAGAGCCCUGCAGAUGGGUGCCCAUUGUCCACCCGUGUCUCCGGGACAACUCCCCUGGCUGGCUCGAUUAAUUGCCAGCGUAUCUCAAGACUUGGUUCAUGUGAUUGUGACCCAAAACUCUUUGGCAGAGGGCAUUUCAGAGACAUUGAGGACUCUCAGUGAAAUGAGACACUACCAAAAACUACCAGACUAUGUUGUGACAAUUUGUGCAUCGAAAAUCAGAGGAAAUGAGUUUUGUGUGGUAGUAUUAGGUCAGCAUCAGUCUAGAGCCCUGGCAGAGAGCAUGCUCACCACAAGUGAGUUUUUGAAAGAAAUUAGUUAUGAGCUCAUCACAGGAAAGGUCAGUUUCCUGGCAUCGCAUUUCAAAACCACAUCGUUAGGUGAUGACUUGGACAAACUGCUAGAAAAAAUGCAACAAAGAAGAGGAGACAGUGUGGUGACCCCUUUCAAUGGGGACCUUAACGUAUAUGUGUCACCUCAGGAGGCCGCUGCUAUGAUCCCCACGCAAACCCUGGAUUUAGAUAAUGAAACCUUCCAAAUUUAUCAACCGCAGCUUAUGGUUGCCAGGAAACUCUUGUCCCAGGUGUGCGCUAUAGCGGACAGCGGCAGCCAGAGCCUGGACCUCGGCCACUUCAGCAAAGUGGACUUCAUCAUCAUUGUCCCAAGAUCAGAGGUUCUGGUCCAGCAAACUCUUCAACGGAUUCGACAAUCAGGUGUCCUUGUAGACUUGGGUCUGGAGGAAAAUGGGACAGCCUAUCAGAGAGCAGAGAAAUAUGUUGUUCGUCUAGACAAUGAGAUUCAAACCAAGUUUGAAGUUUUUAUGAGAAGGGUGAAGCAGAACCCGUACACGCUGUUUGUGCUAGUUCAUGACAACUCCCAUGUGGAACUAACGAGUGUCAUUUCGGGCUCUUUGUCACAUGGUGAACCCAGCCAUGGAUUGGCUGACAGAGUCAUUAACUGCAGAGAGGUUCUGGAAGCUUUCAACCUCCUGGUGCUCCAGGUCACCUCCUGCCCAUACACUCUGCAGACCCAACAGUCCCGAAUCAGCGCCAGCAACGAGGUUCACUGGAUACAGCUGGACAGCACGGAGGCCAUGAGCUGUGAGGAGAAGCUGUACUUCGGCCUGAAUGAGUACAGUAAAUCUCUUCAGUGGGGAGUCACGAGCCCCCUUCUGAGAUGUGAUGAGACUUUUGAAAAAAUGGUGAACACGCUGCUGGAGAGGUACCCCCGGCUGCACAGCAUGGUCGUCCGCUGCUACCUUCUCAUCCAGCAGUACUCGGAGGCUCUGAUGGCUCUCACCACCAUGGCGUCACUCCGAGACCACAGCACGCCGGAAACACUCAGCAUCCUGGAUGACCUCCUCAGCUCCCCGGCAAAGACCAAGAGCGGGAGGGGACACAUGCUCAUUCUCAGGGUGCCAUCCGUGCAGCUGGCGAUGCUGGCCAAGGAGCGGCUGCAGGAGGUGCGGGACAAGCUGGGGCUGCAGUACCGCUUCGAGAUCAUCCUCGGGAACCCCGCCUCGGAACUCAGUGUCGCAACCCACUUUGUGGCGCGAUUAAAGACUUGGAGAGGAAAUGAAGCAGAAGAGUGGACCCCUCGGACAUACCAGGAUCUGGAAGGGCUGCCUUGUAUUGUGAUAUUAACUGGCAAAGAUCCCCUUGGAGAAAGCUUCCCCAGGUCUCUGAAGUACUGUGACCUCCGGUUAAUUGAUUCAAGCUAUUUAACUCGCACGGCCUUGGAGCAGGAGGUGGGUCUGGCGUGCUGCUAUGUCUCAAAAGAGGUCAUCCGGGGGCCCACUGUCGCCCUGGACCUUAGCGGCAAGGAGCAAGAGAGAGCUGCAGUCAGCGAGAACGAUGCUGAGGAGUUGCUGAUCGACCUGGAGAGGCCCCAGAGCAACAGCAGUGCCGUCACUGGAACCUCUGGCUCCAUCAUGGAGAACGGGGUGAGCUCCUCCAGCACGGCCGACAAGUCCCAGAAGCAGUCCCUGACGUCCAGCUUCCAGAGCCCGGCCAACAGCGUGGGGCUGGACGAAGGAGUCUCGGCGGGCCUCGCGGGAGCCGGGGAGGCUCUGAAGCAGGAGUGGGAGUCCCUGGACCCCCAGAUGGCCAGCAGCACCACCUCCAAGCCGCCGUCGUCGUCCUCGUCGGGCCCCCGGGCGCUGCCGUGGCCGGGGCAGCUGGUCUCGGGCGGCAGGGGCCUGCCCGCCGCGCUGCCCCCCAUCGUGAUCCUGUCGAAGGCGGCCUACGGCCUCCUGGGCGCGCAGCGCGGGGGCAGGCUGCCGGCCUCGGCCUCGCUGCUGCCGCACGCCGACGUGGCCUGGGUGAGCGCCCUGCGGCCGCUGCUGCACAAGGCGGCCAGCGCCGAGGAGCAGUCCCUCUACUAUCGCCAGUGGACCGCGGCGCGGCCGCACCACGCCGACGCCGGCAACCAGCCCGACCCCGGCUCGGGCGCGCGCGCCUGCCACCCCCGCCGCCUGCUGCUGAGCGGGCCCCCCCAGGUGGGAAAGACUGGCUCCUAUUUACAGUUCCUUAGGAUCCUCUUCCGCAUGCUCAUCAGGCUCCUGGAGGUGGACGUGUAUGAUGAGGCCGAGAUCAACACGGAUCACAGCCAAAGCAGUGAAGUCAGCCAGUCAGAGGGAGAGCCCUGGCCUGACAUCGAGAGCUUCAGUAAAAUGCCCUUUGACGUCAGUGUGCAUGACCCCAAGUACAGCCUGAUGAGCCUGGUAUACACUGAGAAGCUGGCAGGGGUCAAACAAGAAGCAAUAAAGGAAUCCAGAGUUGAAGAGCCCCAGAAACGCGAGACUGUGUCCAUGAUGCUGACCAAGUAUGCGGCCUACAACACCUUCCACCACUGCGAGCAGUGCCACCAGUACAUGGACUUCACCUCUGCCUCCCAGAUGUCUGACUCUACCCUUCAUGCCUUCACGUUCUCUUCCUCCGUGCUGGGAGAGGAGGUGCAGCUCUAUUUCAUCAUUCCCAAAUCCAAAGAGAGUCAUUUUGUCUUCAGCAAGCAGGGCAAACACCUGGAGAGCAUGCGGCUGCCCCUGGUUUCGGACAAGCAGAAUUUGAAUGCAGUCAAGAGCCCUAUUUUCACUCCUUCCAGUGGUCGCCAUGAGCACGGACUCCUAAACCUUUUUCACGCCAUGGAGGGCAUCAGCCACCUGCACCUCCUGGUAGUCAAAGAGUAUGAGAUGCCGCUGUACCGCAAGUACUGGCCCAACCACAUCAUGCUGGUGCUGCCCGGCAUGUUCAAUAACGCAGGCGUGGGUGCUGCCAGGUUUCUCAUUAAGGAGCUGUCAUAUCAUAACCUGGAACUGGAGAGGAACCGCCUGGAGGAGCUGGGAGUUAAACGCCAGUGUGUCUGGCCUUUCAUCGUUGUGAUGGACGACUCGUGUGUCCUGUGGCACAUUCACAGCGUUCAGGAGCAGACCAGCCAACCCAUGGAAACAGGAGUUUCCAGUAAGAAUGUGUCCUUGAGGAGUGUCUUGCAGCAUAUUGAAGCCACACCAAAAAUCGUCCACUACGCAAUCUUGGGCAUACAGAAGUGGAGCAGCAGGCUGACCUCUCAGAGCCUGAAGGCCCCGUUCUCCAGGUGCCACGUGCAUGACUUCAUUCUCCUCAACAUAGACCUGACUCAGAACGUGCAGUAUGACUUCAACAGGUAUUUCUGUGAAGAUGUUGACUUUAAUCUGAGAACAAACAGUAGUGGCCUGCUCAUCUGCCGCUUUAAUAACUUCAGCCUCAUGAAGAAACAUGUUCAGGUUGGAGGGCAAAGGGACUUUAUCAUUAAACCAAAGAUCAUGGUGUCAGAGAGCUUAGCACCCAUCUUGCCCCUGCAGUAUGUCUGUGCUCCCGACAGUGAACACACACUGCUGGCAGCCCCUGCACAAUUUCUCCUGGAGAAGUUCCUUCAGCACGCCUCGUACAAACUCUUCCCCAAAGCUAUCCAUAACUUCAAGAGUCCCGUGUUGGCCAUUGACUGCUACCUGAACAUUGGACCAGAGGUGGCCAUAUGCUAUGUCAGCUCCAGACCCCACUCCAGCAAUGUCAACUGUGAAGGGGUGUGUUUCAGUGGACUCCUCCUGUACCUCUGUGACUCUUUUGUAGGUGCUGAUCUUCUUAAGAAAUUUAAGUUUUUAAAAGGUGCUACCCUGUGUGUCAUUUGCCAAGACAGAAGUUCCUUACGCCAAACGAUUGUCCGCUUAGAGCUAGAAGAUGAGUGGCAGUUUCGCCUCCGGGACGAGUUCCAAACUGCUAACAGCAGUGAUGACAAGCCCCUCUACUUUCUCACUGGACGUCACGUAUGAGCUUUUGAAGAGACCAAAACUGGCAAAGGGAUGCCUAGGUGGGGUAGGGCAGAAACAAUUAUUUGGGAUUUUUUUUCCUUUAAAGUACAAUCACUGUGGAACAAAGUGCAACAUAUUUGUCUGUUCUCCAAAGAACCACCCCACCCCAAACCUGAUCCGGGCCUUUGGGGGCAUCACUCUCCUUCAAUUUCAAUUUCAGGACCUUAAAUUCAGGUUAAAGUUCACCCUAGGUAGUCAUGCAAUUACUUAAGACGUGGUCUGCCCGCGCGAGCCUGAGGAGCAAAUACUUUGGAGAAGCAACAUGGAGACUGCAUCGUUUUUUCUACUGUGCUGUGUCGGGGGAAAACUGACUCUCAGCAUUAGCUAGCCUGAAUGUGUUACAUGAGACUCACACCGCUGGUGUGGAAUUAACUGAAGAUUAAUGUCUGAGGCCUGAACCCUCAGUUUCUCUUCAGAUCUGUACUUUGGUACAGUAUUACUCAGGGGUCUGAAAUGAUAGAAUGUAGAAGAUAUCUGUAUUUAAAAAAAAGAAGUAGCUUUGUCUUUCUCUGUGCAGUGUUAGUUUAAGAUUUAUAAUCUUAUAUGUAUUGAAACUUUUGGCAAAAUUUCCACAGGAGUUAAAAGUUUACUAUUUAAACUGAACAAACAAAUUAGUAAAUGCAGGGCAGGCAUUGUGUGUAUUUAUGCAGCUUCUCCUGGUUUAAGUUCUUUCGCUUUCUUCAUUCUUUAAAAAUGUUUCCAGUCUCUUAAGCACAUCAUGCCUGUGAGAAUAAGAAGCGAUUAAUCUUGAACAAGGAGAAUCUGACUCAGUAGCUGAGCCAGUUAGGAAGGUGUUAGCAUUCACCCCUAGCAAAGCGAAAGUCUGGCAGGCUAAGGUUCCACGUGGAGUGGACCUAGUUCAUUUCCCUUCAGAGAUACACGGAAUGAACAUUAGCUGCCUUACACUGACACCACCCCAGAAAGUGCUGGAAUGGGAAACAACCAUAAAGAGGCUGUUUUACUUAAUCUUUCUGGUGAUUUUGUGUGUGUGAGGAGUAAGGAAGAUUCCAUUAAGUCUCUGACUCAUUAAAAUUACCAGGGGGUCUUAAGUUUUUACAGAUUUCUUACUACAAAUUUUAAUCGAAAAAAGAUUUUUAGAAAAUAUUCUGGAACUACUAAGUCUAUUAGAAGUUUACUCUUAAAUUACUGCAGUUCUCAGCACUAAAUCUCUGGGCAUUUUUCUCAUUAGCCCAUGUGUAACACUCUAUCCCCACUUAAAAUGGCUGUUUUUACUUGAAUCAAUGUCUUAUUGGUGGCCUGAAACUGAGGGACCUACUAAGCCUGCAUUUACCGAAAACAAAUAGUGUUAACUGACCAGCUUUAUUAGUUUGUGACAACAAGGAGUUUACAGCUAGUGAAAAAAAGCAAUGUACUAAUUGGAAAAUGAUUUCAGAUCUUUUGGUUUUCAUAUAGCUUAUGAUGUUUUAAAUAUAUCUUGAAAUGAACAAUUCCUUUAAACUCCAUUUUUAACUCACCUUCAAAGAGGACCUACCUUACAUGUGCUUUAAAAAUAUUCCUUGAUUUUAGUACAGCAGAAUUUUUGGCAAAGAGGUAUGUGCGUUCUGAAGCAGAUUGAUUCAGAUACGAAUGUAAUUCAAUUGUUCCUGUUUUGUUGAAAGGGCCUGAUGCAGAUGAUACCAAGAAACCCAUGGUUUGUGCAAUACUCCAAUAAUAUUUACUACAUAGGGCAAAUAAAAUACUUGAAAUAAUCCUAAAACAGUUGUACCUGGGACAGAUGGGCUUCUCAGGGUUUCUUCUGGCUUUAUGGCUUCACAGUCUAAGAAAAAAAAUUAAGUAGUUAGUUUAGCUGCAGGGACUCCAAAUGAUUAUGAUCUCUUAAAUACUGUGGAAAAGAAAUGCCAGAAUAAAGCCAAAAGACCGUCACCCCAAUGAUGGAGAAUUCAAAUUGAUCUGCCUAUUCUUUCAAUGCCUAUCUUCCUAAAGUUUUGGGUCUUUUAAAAUCACCUUAUCAGUAUAAUUUUUUUUAGAGAAUGUCAGGUCCUUCUCCUUUAAGGAUAAAAUUGCACAAGCAUAGGACACAAUGAUUUGUUAACACAUACCUUGGUGUGUUCUGCUUCGAGCCUUGCCAUUCCUUAGAAUAUUGUGGUAUGAGUGUAUUCCCUCAGCCCGCAUAAUAAUGACCUACAGACCUGUUGAACCUUGCCAUAUAUGACAGUUCACACAGGUUAAUACUGAAUGUAAACUAAAAUUACAAUGAGCAUUGCUGUAUUCAAUUAUUUUGGCUGUAAUUUAAGCAAUUGCUUUUUUGUGAUCUUUUAGAAAAGGAGGCACCUGUGUGACUCUAUUACUGUAAAAUUUUCUUAACCAAAAUUUGGUGAAUUUCACUAGUCAGUCUACCUCACAUUUUGUUUGAUUCUAAAUUGUCUUAAGUUGUGUCUACAGUAUGUUCUUGUCCUUUCAUUUAAUUUGGUGAAUGUAUUAAAAUUCUCUCCCACUCCCCCCAAAAAAGAAAAUUUGUUUUCUUUAAUUUUCUGGUAUUAUCAAAAAUGGAAUGAACUCCCUCCCUGACUCUGGCAAAUUCCAAUAAAGGCUGGAAGUCCACAUAUCAUGGAUAGGAUGAUGCUAAGAUUCUACUACUCUGGCAUAACAGUCCAAGAAAAUGCUAAAUAACUAUUUGACUUAAAAUCUAUAGCUUAUACAAAGAAGAUAUACACGUAUAAAGA